AUGGACAGCCAUGUAAAUUUAAAGCCAAAAAUAUCUAAGCCAAUCCAAAAUGACUAAAAGAAAUAGUUUUACUCAGAUGAUGAUGCUGAAGUAACUCCUAAAAGACCAAUGAUUGCCAAACCCUCUAAAUUCUCAAAAGGAGAAAUGUAACAAUUUUAAACUGAUGACUCUGAUAACACACCUCUUAAGUUAUUAUCCCCAAAUUCCCCUAAAGGAUAAAAUAAAUUAUCAAAAUUUAAGUAAAAGGAGAAUCAUAUAGAAAAAGAUUCUGAUAUUUAAUUUGACUCCAGCGAGAAUGAAAAUAAAGAAAACCCUUAAAAUUCCUAAAAUCAUCAACAAACCAUCCCUAACUAUGAUAUUUAAGAGAUGUCUCGAUAAAUGGAAUAAAAAUAUCAAACUCCUAAGCAAGCAUAUUAGCCUCAACCGAUCUAUAAGUCAAAUUCCUCCAAGUAAGUUGUAACAAAGCAUCUCAAUAUUAAAGAACAUCCAUUCAGACAUUUAGUUUAUGGCAAAAACAUUAAUUAAAAUGACUUCUUAAGAUUUUUAUAAAUAGUGUAGAGUGGAUUGUUAUAUGCACGCAAUUCAUUAAAAGCUCCAUCAGAUAAAUUUCUGAGAAGCAGAUUCAUUCGACUUAGGGAGUCAAAUCAAAAAAAGUCAAAACUUUUAAUUCUUGAUUUAGAUGAAACUCUUAUUCAUAGUUGUACAUCUCGAGAUUCUCCUUAGGUUACUAUCACUCUCUAAGAUGACAAUGAAGAUAAAUAUGAUGUAAUAUUAUCAACAAUUCAAUUUAGUUAUGUUUCAAUGUUAGGCCGUUUUGCAAUGAAUUUUUAAAGGAAAUGUCGAAGUAUUACAACAUUCACUUAUUUACAGCUUCCUCAGAACUGUAUGCUAAUGCUAUUGUCAACCAUUUGGAUCCUAAAAGAUAGUACAUCAAUGAAAUUUUGUGCAGAGACAAUUGCUUUGAAACCAAAAAUGGGUUUUUUAUUAAGGAUUUAAGAAUCAUUACAAACAGACCUCUUAAAGAUAUAGUAAUCGUUGAUAAUCUGCCUCAUUCUUUUGGACUCUAAUUAGAAAAUGGGAUUCCAAUUUUAGAAUAUCUAGAUGACUCAAAAGACGAAGAAUUGAAAUUCUUGUAAAAUUACCUAAUCAAACUAAGUAAGGAAGACGAUGUAAGACUUUUUAAUAAAGAAAACUUAAAAUUACUUGAUUUAGUUGAAUAUAAAUUAAAUAUCUGA